AUGUCGGCUGUCCCCGCCAACACCAUCGGCCCGCUGGCAACGGCGUCUGACCCACAGCCGCCGCCGCAUCCCACAACAACAUCAACAACCCACCAACCGAGCGAGACUCGGCAAGAUGCACCGCAAGGCGAAGCAGACCACAAUCCCGAUCCAGAGUCGGCGGUGGAUCCCGAGGCAACAGACCAUGGCAAUCUGCAGUCUGUCCUGCAUCUCGAACCGGACACCAACAACAACAGCGACAACGACAGUGCCUUCGACGCCAACUCGUCCGCCUCAACCUCACUAGCUUCCUCGAUUCUCCACUACGAAUACUCCAACGGCCGCCGCUACCAUGGCUUUCGCUCCGGCGCCUACGUCUUGCCGAACGACGAGCAAGAGCAAGACCGCCUCGACCUGCUCCACCACAUCUUCCUCCUCAUCCUCGGCGGCAAACUGUACGAUGCACCCAUGCCCUCCCCUCCCAAGCGCGUCCUGGACAUAGGCACAGGCACAGGCAUAUGGGCCAUUGACUUUGCCGACGAGAAUCCCGGCAGCGAAGUCCUCGGCACCGAUCUCUCUCCCAUUCAGCCGACAUGGGUCCCCCCUAAUGCCAAAUUCUACAUCGAUGACGCCGAAUCCGAAUGGAUAUACAGUCCUGAUGAGGCGUUUGAUUUCAUCCACAUCCGAACGCUGAGCGGCAGCAUCACAGACUGGGACAAGCUCAUACGGCAGUGCUAUACACACACGCAGCCUGGCGGCUGGGUCGAGUUUCAAGAGCCGAUUGCGUUGUGCGAAAGUGACGACGGCACGUUGGAAAAGGCAGAAAGCAUGUGCCAUUGGCAAGAUCUGUGUAACGAAGCGGCUGUCAAGUUUAAAAAGGAUAUCCGAGCCGGCUCGACGCUUAAGGAGCGUAUCAUUGAAGCCGGCUUUGUAGACGUACACGAAAAGGUAGUCAAGAUUCCAAUCGGUCCUUGGCCCAAAGACCCCAAGAUGAAGGAAAUCGGGCGCUACCAGCGCGAACACGUGGCCAUGGGUAUUGAGCCCUACACUUUGGGUUUCAUCGGCAAGGUCCUAGGGUGGAGCGAAGCCGAAUGCCGCGUCCUCAUCGCAAAAGUGGUAGGUGAUGUGCGCAACCGCGCCGUCCACAUGUACAUACGAUUCUACUUUGUGCACGGGCGGAAGCCACUGGGCGCGGCCCACUAA